UAUCUGGCACAUGGUACAACAACAGAUUACAUGUUCGACGUUGCAAGAGUCCCCAUGACUUUCACAUUCGAGAUAUAUGGAGAUGAAAAAGCAUCCUCAAAUGAUUGCUUUAAAAUGUUCAAUCCUGUAGACACUCCUACCUUCAAUAGAGUACUAAAUGGGUGGUCCGCUGCACUCUUUGAUAUGUUUGAGAUGGGAGCACACCAGAUGAACUUCUUGCAGGAGAAAACUCCUUUUAAUGUAGAUAACUUAAUAUCAGCAGAUGACUAUUUAAAGGGCUAUUUAUCAGAGAGGAAAAGUAGAAACGGGGAAAAGGAGUUGCUUGAAUUAGGUUUGCAAGGGAUCAGAACAUAUUUCAGGUUGUUCUUGAUAUCGUCAGUUUUGUUAAUGUUCAUGUUUUGUUCAAAAAUCACAAAGAGUAAAUAGAUCACUUACGUCUUCCAUUUCUCUCUAACCCCACGGGACAAUAUCCCAACAAAAAGUGUGAAUCAUUUUUCACUUAUUUAUGGUAUUCUCUAAUGGUGUCGCUUAACUUGCAAGUAUAUUAUAUAGGGAC